GUCUUUGGUGAAGGACUUUUACUCCAAACUGGGACUACAGUACCGGGACAGUAGUUCUGAAGAUGAAGCUUCCCGGCCUACAGAAAUAAUUGAGAUUCCUGAUGAAGACGAUGAUGUCCUCAGUAUUGAUUCAGGUCUUAGUUGUGGCUUGUGGGAUCUUCAUUGCAGCAUACGGGAUCUUUUGGCGCAGCAUGCGGGCUUCUCUCUAGUUGUGGUGCGCGGGCUACAGAGCGCACGGGCUCAGUAGUUGCAGUGUGCAGGUUUAGUUGCUCCACAGCAUGUGGGAUCUUAGUUCCCCGACCAGGAUCAAACCAGCGUCCCCUGCGUUGGAAGGUGGAUUCUUAACCAUUGGACCACCAAGGAAGUCCCCCCAUUUUUAAAUAUACGUUAUAAAUAUCUAAAAUUUCACUGUAUGAUACAGUAGCCACUAUCCACACGUGGCUAUUUAAAUUAUGUGAAAUGUGGGAAUUCCCUAGCAGUCCAGUGGUUAGAACUCCACACUUUCACUGCCAAGGGCCCAGGUUCAAUCCCUGGUCAGGGAACUAAGAUCCCGCAAGCCAUGUGGUGUGACCAAAAAUAAAAAAAUAUGUGAAAUGUGAAGCCUAGUAUUUUCCAGAAUGUAUAAAGAACUCUUACAACUCAAGAAUAAAAAGACAAAUGACCCAAUUAAAAAUGGGCAAAAGAUUUGAAUAGAUAUUUUUUCAGAGAAGAUGUGAAAAUGACCAAUAAGUAUAUGAAAAGAUGUUCAACAUCAUUAGUUGUUAAGGAAAUGCAAGUUCAAACUACUUUAUACUUACUAGGAUAGCUGUAGUUAAAAAGAUAGACAGUAAUAAGUGUUGACAAGGAUGUGGAGAAAUUGGAAUCCUCUAAAUUGCUGGUGGGAAUGUAAAAUGGUACAGCCAGUUUGGACAAAUCUUUCAGUUCCUCAAAAGGUUAAACCUUAUGGCCUAGCAAUUCCACUCCUAGCCAUAUACCCAAGAGAAAUGAGAACAUAUGCCCACAUAAAAACUGAUAUUCAAAUGUGCCUGUCAACAUUAUUCAUAACAGCCAAAAAGCGGAAACAACCCAAAUGUCCAUCAACUGAUGAAUGGAUAAAUAAAAUAUGGCAUAGCCAUACAAUGGAAUAUUAUUCAAUCAUAUAAAGGAAUGAAGUGCUGAUAAAUGUUGCAACAUAGAUGAAUCUGAUAUGAUGCACCACAUAUAAUAUGACUCCGUUUAUAUGAAAUAUCCAGAAUAGGCAAAUCCAUAGAGACACAAAGUAGAUUAAUGUUUGCUGGGGGUUGUGGGAAGGGUGGAAUGGGGAGUGAGUGCUAAUGGGUAUUUUCAUCACUCCAAAAAGAAACCCCAUACUCAUUAGUGGGGUUUCUUUUCAGGGUGAUGAAAAUGUUCUAGAAUUAGAUAGUGGUGGUGGUUGUACAACCUUGUGAAUACACUAAAAACCACUGAAUUAAACAUUUUAAAUGGGUAAAUUUCUUGGUAUGUGAAUUAUACCUGAUUUUAAAAGAAUUUUUAGUAAAAUUUAAAGUUCAUUUCAUGUGCUUAGUAGCCAAAUUUUAACAUAUUAGACAGUGUAGAUACAGAACAUGUUUAUCAUAGCAGGAAGUUCUGUUGGACAGCACUACUCAAGAAGAAACAUUUUUGCUUAAUUCACUGACUAUAUUUCACUUUUCAAAUCAUUCAAAUAACCCAUAAAUUAUUGUUAUAAGAAUUCAAAUAUUUGGGCUUCCCUGGUGGCGCCAUGGUUAAGAAUCCGCCUGCCAAUGCAGGGGACACGGGUUCGAGCCCUGGUCUGGGAAGAUCCCACAUGCCAUGGAGCAACUAAGCCCACGUGCCACAACUGCUGAGCCUGUGCUCUAGAGCCCGCGAGCCACAACUGCUGAGUCCGUGUGCCACAACUACUGAAGCCCAAGCGCCUAGAGCCUGUGCUCCUCAACAAGAGAAGCCACCACAAUGAGAAGCCCAUGCACCGCAACGAAGAGUAGACCCCGCUCGCCGCAACUAGAGAAAGGCCACGCACAGCAACAAAGACCCAAUGCAGCCAAAAAAUAAAAAUAAACAAAUUUAAAAAGAGAGAAUUCAAAUAUUUGAAAAUCCCACAGAAUAUCACCUGUCCCAGUACUUUAUCCCCAGGUGAUGCUGGGAGCAGAACUCCAAAAGACCAGAAGCUCCGUGAAGCUAUGGCUGCCUUAAGAAAGUCAGCUCAAGAUGUCCAGAAGUUCAUGGAUGCUGUCAACAAGAAGAGCAGUUCCCAGGAUCUACACAAAGGAACCUUGAGUCAAAUGUCUGGAGAAUUGAGUAAAGAUGGUGACCUGGUGGUUAGCAUGCGCAUUCUGGGCAAGAAGAGAACUAAGACGUGGCACAAAGGCACCCUUAUUGCCAUCCAGACGGUUGGGCCAGGGAAGAAGUACAAGGUGAAAUUUGACAACAAAGGAAAGAGUCUUCUGUCAGGGAACCAUAUUGCCUAUGAUUACCACCCUCCUGCUGACAAGCUGUAUGUGGGCAGUCGAGUAGUGGCCAAAUACAAAGAUGGGAAUCAGGUCUGGCUCUACGCUGGCAUUGUAGCUGAGACACCAAACGUCAAAAACAAGCUCAGGUUUCUCAUUUUCUUUGAUGAUGGCUACGCUUCCUAUGUUACACAGUCUGAACUAUAUCCCAUUUGCCGGCCACUGAAAAAGACUUGGGAGGACAUAGAAGACAUCUCCUGCCGAGACUUCAUAGAGGAGUAUAUCACUGCUUACCCCAACCGCCCCAUGGUUUUGCUCAAGAGUGGACAGCUUAUCAAGACUGAGUGGGAAGGCACGUGGUGGAAGUCCCGAGUUGAGGAGGUGGACGGCAGCCUAGUCAGGAUCCUCUUCCUGGAUGACAAAAGAUGUGAAUGGAUCUAUCGAGGCUCUACACGGCUGGAGCCCAUGUUCAGCAUGAAGACAUCCUCAGCCUCUACGCUAGAGAAGAAGCAAGGCGGACAGCUCAGGACACGUCCAAAUAUGGGUGCUGUGAGGAGCAAAGGUCCCGUGGUCCAGUACACUCAGGAUCUGACCAGUACUGGAACCCAGUUCAAGCCAGUGGAGCCCCCUCAGCCUACAGCUCCACCUGCCCCACCUGCCCCACCUGGUCCACCUCUGUCCCCCCAGGCAGGUGACAGUGAAAGCUUGGAAAGCCAGCUUGCCCAAUCUCGGAAGCAGGUAGCCAAAAAAAGCACAUCCUUCCGGCCAGGAUCUGUGGGCUCUGGUCAUUCCUCCCCUACAUCACCUGCACUCAGUGAAAAUGCUCCUGGUGGGAAACCUGGGAUCAGUCAGACACAUAGAUCACCUUUAGGAUCCACAACCUCUGCUCCAGCACCCCCAGCACCCCCAGCUCCCCCAGCACCCCCAGCCUUCCAUGGCAUGCUGGAGCGGGCCCCGGCAGAGCCCUCCUACCGCGCCCCUAUGGAGAAGCUUUUCUACUUACCUCAUGUCUGCAGCUAUACUUGUCUGUCUCGAGUCAGACCUAUGAGAAAUGAGCAGUAUCGGGGCAAGAACCCUCUCCUAGUCCCACUACUGUAUGACUUCCGGCGGAUGACAGCCCGGCGCCGAGUUAACCGCAAGAUGGGCUUUCAUGUUAUCUAUAAGACACCCUGUGGCCUCUGCCUUCGGACAAUGCAAGAGAUUGAGCGCUACCUUUUUGAGACAGGCUGUGACUUCCUCUUCCUGGAGAUGUUCUGUUUGGAUCCAUAUGUUCUUGUGGACCGAAAGUUUCAGCCCUAUAAGCCUUUUUACUAUAUUUUGGACAUCACCUAUGGGAAGGAAGAUGUUCCUCUGUCCUGUGUCAAUGAGAUUGACACAACUCCCCCACCUCAGGUGGCCUACAGCAAGGAACGAAUCCCGGGCAAGGGUGUUUUCAUUAACACAGGCGCUGAAUUUCUGGUUGGCUGUGACUGCAAAGAUGGGUGCCGGGACAAGUCCAAGUGUACCUGCCAUCAGCUAACUGUCCAGGCUACAGCCUGCACCCCAGGCGGCCAAAUCAACUCUAACUCUGGCUACCAGUACAAGAGACUAGAAGAGUGUCUUCCCACAGGAGUUUAUGAGUGUAACAAACGCUGCAAUUGUGACCCAAACAUGUGCACAAACCGGUUGGUGCAGCAUGGACUGCAGGUUCGACUGCAGCUCUUCAAGACCCAGAACAAGGGCUGGGGUAUCCGCUGCUUGGAUGACAUUGCCAAAGGCUCCUUUGUCUGUAUCUAUGCAGGCAAAAUCCUGACAGAUGACUUUGCCGACAAGGAGGGCCUGGAAAUGGGUGAUGAAUAUUUUGCCAAUCUGGACCAUAUCGAGAGCGUGGAGAACUUCAAGGAAGGUUAUGAGAGUGAUGUCCCCUGUUCCUCUGACAGCAGUGGUGUAGACUUGAAGGACCAGGAAGAUGGCAACAGCGGUACAGAGGACCCCGAAGAGUCCAAUGACGAUAGCUCAGAUGAUAACUUCUGUAAGGAUGAGGACUUCAGCACCAGCUCGGUGUGGCGCAGCUAUGCUACCCGGCGGCAGACCCGGGGCCAGAAGGAGAAUGGAUUGUCUGAGAUGCCUUCCAAGGACUCUCGCCCCCCAGACCUUGGGCCCCCACGUGUUCCUGUCCCUCCAUCGAUCCCUGUAGGUGGCUGCAAUCCACCUUCCUCUGAAGAGACACCCAAGAACAAAGUGGCCUCGUGGUUGAGCUGCAAUAGUGUCAGUGAAGGUGGCUUUGCUGACUCUGAUAGCCGUUCAUCCUUCAAAACUAGUGAAGGUGGGGAAGGUCACGCUGGGGGAGGCAGAGGGGAGGCUGAGAAGGCUUCCACCUCAGGGCUGGGCUUCAAGGAUGAGGGUGACAUCAAGCAGCCCAAGAAAGAGGACCCUGAUGACCGGAACAAGAUGUCAGUAGUUACUGAAAGCUCUCGAAAUUAUGGUUACAAUCCUUCUCCCGUGAAGACUGAAGGACUUCGCCGCCCACCAAGUAAGACUAGCAUGCAUCAGAGCCGACGACUCAUGGCCUCUGCUCAGUCAAACCCUGACGACAUCCUGACACUGUCCAGCAGCACAGAAAGUGAGGGGGAAAGCGGGACCAGCCGAAAGCCCACUGCUGGUCAGACUUCAGCCACAGCCGUUGACAGUGAUGAUAUCCAGACCAUCUCCUCUGGCUCUGAAGGGGAUGACUUUGAGGACAAGAAGAACAUGUCUGGUCCAAUGAAGCGCCAAGUGGCAGUAAAAUCAACCCGGGGUUUUGCUCUUAAAUCAACCCAUGGGAUUGCCAUUAAAUCAACCAACAUGGCAUCCGUGGAAAAGGGAGAGAGUGCACCUGUUCGAAAGAACACACGCCAAUUCUACGAUGGGGAGGAGUCUUGCUACAUCAUCGAUGCCAAGCUUGAAGGCAACCUGGGCCGCUACCUCAAUCACAGCUGCAGCCCCAACCUGUUUGUCCAGAAUGUCUUCGUGGAUACUCAUGAUCUUCGCUUCCCGUGGGUGGCCUUCUUUGCCAGCAAGAGAAUCCGGGCUGGGACAGAACUCACCUGGGACUACAACUACGAGGUGGGCAGCGUGGAGGGCAAGGAGCUGCUUUGCUGCUGUGGGGCCAUCGAAUGCAGAGGGCGUCUUCUUUAGAGGACAGCCUUCUUCCUAACCUUCCGAACCCUUCCUGAACUGCCCUUUCCUCAGGAACUGGGUCUUCCUGACUGUUGAAUUCUGACCCCCAGGUCUCUAGUCUGGCUACUCCCCCAGCUCCUAGUAGAUAGAAAUGGGGGUUCUGGAUCAGGAGAUCCCUUCCACUGUGGUGCUAGCAGGCAGGGCCCCUCCCCCACCUCCUGAGGCAUAGAGGUGGGAGAGGUCACCACUCUAACCUAGGCCUGACAUCCCUUCAGUCCUCCUGUUGCUCACCCCUCCCAUCCUACAUUUGUUCAGGUGUUCAUGCUUCUAACAGACUUUAUUCCUAGAAUGAGGGCUGUGUAUUUUAUUAUCCCUGGUUUGUAUUGUUUCUUGAAAGUCUUUUAACAAGAUGUUAAAACUAA